AUGAUCCAUGAUCGAAAAUGUUGUUCUUAUGGAGCAGUGGAAUAUGACGAAGUAAGAAUUGAAUAUUCAAUUUGUACUUGUUAUAGGGAGUCAAGUAAAUAUUGUGCUGAACAUGAACACUCAACAAAUCCCUGUAAAUGUGAAUCAGAA